UCGGAACUACCUACCUAUACAAGUUAAUAAAUGAAAAGUUUAUGCCUUCCUCAUUGAACAAAUUCGUUCAUUUGAAACGCGAUCGUGCAUGAGAUGUAAGUAAGGAUCGAACCUAUCACGAGAACAAGAAACGUGUUAUCAACUUUUGCAAACGUAGCAGAAAUCCGCAAACAUGUCCGACGAUUACAAAUAUUUUUCAAUCGAAAGUAUCUUUCAUUGGAAACCGACUCUGAAGAGGGAAAACCUACACGAAUUCGAAUUCGAACCCCAAAAGGACAACGAUUUCAACUUCUUCAAUUUUGCAAUUCGUCAAGUGAAAUGUUAUCAUAUACACGAGGACGAUCUGAAUUCAGCUUUAGAUAUAAUAUCUGAUCUGGAAACGGAAGCACUGAACUGGAGCAAAAAUAAAAAAGAAGAUUUAUUCGCGAAAAUCAAAGAAGCGUAUAUUCAUUUGAUUUUCGCCAGCAAAAUGUAUCUGUUGAAGAAAAAUCCGCAACAAGUGUCUAAAAUUAUCGGCAAGAUAACACCUAUAGACGAUAUGGAUAAAUUCAAUAAGGCAGCUAUUUAUGCCACGCGGUCAUUGGUUCUCAUUUUAUGCAGCAAUGAAGGAAUUGAAAAAUCCAUAGUUUACAUAGACAAAGCUUUAAAUUUGGACGCAGAAAAUGCACAAUGGAUCUCUUUGAAAGCGUUAUAUUUACGGAAACAUCGUGAAAGCAUUAAUCCCAUCGAACCUCCAUCGAUGAUGGAGAAAGAACUAUUCGAAUCAGCCUACAAAAAAGAACCAACGAAUAUUGUCUAUAAAUUACAAGUCGCCGACAUGUACGUUGAAUUAUCUGAGCAUAUUUUGAAACAGUCGUCCGAUCAAUACGAUUACGUUUUUCCAAAUAAUAUCUCUCUCAAUGAUCAUACUCGAUUUGAAGCUGAUUCGAAAAUUGGCAAAGCAGUAGAAUAUUAUGAAGGCGCUGCGAAGAAGUAUCCUGAAGAAAGUUAUGUUUUAUUUUGUUGUGCCAGAGGUUUUAUUAGACUUCCUUCUCAACACCAAAAUAUCAAAUUAGCUCGAACUUUAUUGCAUGAAGGAUUAAAAAAGAAUCCAAAAAGUAUUAAAGGGCAUCUGACCAUGGCACUGAUCCUCGAACAAUAUGAUGAAAACAUUGAAAAAGCAAAAUGGCAUUUGGAAAUCUGUCAGAAGUUGGAUUCGUUCGAUGCAGAUCUUGUCAUGAUAAGAAUUUUGCAUAAAACCGAAGAUUUGGCAUCUUCUGGAUUCAAAGCUCUUCAAGCUCUGGCUGAAAAAUACACUGAAAAGCUGAAACUCGCUGUUAUAUACAGUCAAAUGGUUUCGUUUUAUCUUUUUAUCAAGUAUGAUUUGAUAAAAGCAUGCCAUUACACGGAGAAAUUUUAUCAACUGAAUUCUGCUAGCACUUGUAUGAAAAUUCAUCGCAGCAUUUUCUUGGACUAUCCUACACCAUUUUGUCUAAUUGACGUUUUAAUGGACGAAAUAAAGUACAAAAAACGUACUCCACGGAGUCCAGACAGCAUUCGUCAAAUUUGCGAAGACUUUGAGAUUUUCAUGUGCUAUCAAAAUGUGCCCAUGAAGAAUGGUUUUCCGCUAAACCUUCGCUGGAAAAUCCUACAGGGCAAAUCGAUCUCCAGCAAUAGCAAUUUUAAAAACGAAAAUAAUAAUUAUGAUCGGAAUACGAAUUCAAGAGGCGAACCCAAGAGAUACGAUACUAAUGGCGACCAAUUAAACUAUCGUUACAGUAAUGGCAAUCGUUUGCGCCGAGCGGAAUCUAUGAGUGAAUUUCCUCGAGCAUUUGAAAAUAAUAAAUCUCAAAACGGUAAUAGAUUUUCGUAUCAGGAACAAAAGAAAAGGAACUCGGAGGAUAAUUAUGGAAAUCAUUUUUCCAAUGAAAACGGCUCGAACCAGAGAUCUCGAUGGUCAUCAAAUGAACCUAUCAGAGAAUCGAAUAGAAAUUCACCUGUAAACAGUUCCAAAUGUGAUACAUGGUCACGAAAUGAACCCAUUAGGGAAUCGAAUAAAAAUUCGCCCGUAAAAAGUUCCAUAUGUGAAACAUGGUCACGAAAUGAGCCUAUCAGAGAAUCGAAUAGAAAUUCACCUGUUAAAAGUUCCAGAUAUGAUAAACCAUCGAUUCAACCAGAUGUUCUUUCAGCUCGUGCCACACCCUCGUGCGAAUCAUUGGUUGAAAAAAGCCUUCCUACAGAAAAAAUCGAAAAGAAUUCUAAAAAAGAAAAAUCACCCGAACCGGAUAAACGUUUAAAAGAGAGUUCGAGAGCUCAAAGCAGCGAAUCGAUUAAUUCCGAAGAUGAAAAGUUGGUUAAAAUGAUCCUGAAAUCGCUAAAGAAGAUAAAAUCAGUUCGAGGAAAAAAAUCCAAAAAAUCCAGCAAACGUCACGAAAGUAGUUCUAGUUCCGAAUCAGAAAGUUCAUCAAAUGCCAGAAUUACCAAAGAAGUCGAACGUGCUGGAAAAAGAAGCAGUCGUAGGAAAGAAUAUCGCUCUGAAAGUGAUUCUCAAUCUAGCGAUCGAGGUAAAAAAGACCACCACAAAGAAUAUUCGUCCAGAAAGAAAUAUCAUGCUCAUGUGGAUUCUGAUUAUUCAUUCGCUGAAAUGAAAAAAGUUAAAGGUAAACGUCGAGAUUCGCCACGUUCAGAACGUGAAAAAGUGAGGAACGAAUAUGAUUCCAGGGACAAACAGAUUGAGAAGAAGUCGUCGAAAUACGAAGCUAGGAGUGAAUAUUCCUCACAUAAUGAGGACGAGUCUCGAGCAGAUAGUCGUAACCCUCAAAAAAAUAAACGUAGUUCAUCGCGAUACCAUUAAAGUUUUUAAAUAGGUAUUUAUAUAUAAGUAGGUACUGUUAUGCUUAGCUAUUAGUUGUGUUGUGUAGUAUAAAAAUAUGUCAUGAAAAUUGUACUUUGUAGGUAAAAAUGCGUAGUAUACUUUACUUGUUGAAAUCUC